AUGAGACAGAAUAGAUUCCCAGAUACUGUUCAAGAUAAAGAUUCCGAAAACAAUGGUUACUUCUAUGAUCUAUUAAGCGCUAUACUACGAUUCAUUGCCAUUUCAGAUGAUUAUAUUGUUAAAUUCCAUCCAAAAUAUGAUCCAAAUCCAUACACAUCCAUAUUAUGCAACCUGACAAAGUAUGGAAAGAAGUUUACCAUCCUCACCACACCGUAUUCUCAUUACUAUGCAAUAAAGAACUAUGGAAAUCAAACAUUUUACGGUGACGAUAAAACUUGUCCAAGUGGAAUUGUUAUCGAAGAUAGCGGUCUUGGUGCCAAUAACACUCCUGAAGGUGUUAUUUACUAUACAGAUAUAAGUAAUUCAUAUACAAAUCAUCUUACCCAUGGAAAAUUCAGAAGAAUUAGUGAUGUCACAAUGGCGAUGCUUUUGGACAGUGGUAACUAUGAAGUUGAUUGGACAAUGGCUCAGCCAUUAAUAUGGGGAAAUAAAGAUUCAAUCGAUGGACAAUUUAUCAAAGAUUGGCCCUUAGCCCCUCCCCAAACAGCUUUACCAGAUAAUUAUUUCUUUAACCCUGGUUUACAACAAACUAAUAUUGGCUAUGAUUUCAACACAUGGGGAACUCCAUAUACAGAAGCAAUAAAUUGUUCAAAUCCAGCAGGUGAAGUACAAAGAGAAUACUGCAAUAAUCCAACAUAUUACAAUCCAAAAGGAUACUUUCAAACUGGUGUAAUCGACACAUAUAAUUAUCAACCAGUAAAAUUCCCUUCAUUUAUGUGUCCAAGUGGAAAGGCAGCUGUUGAAGGUUUGACACAAUACUCUGAUGAUACAUGUGCAAGUUAUCAAUGCCAUGGAUACACCAGCUUCACAUUAGAUGUUAUUGUUGAUGAAACAACAAAUGCAACACAGACAUUCACAUGUUCAUCGAAAGGACAAACAUUUACAUUCACUAGAACCUAUCCAGGUAACAGAUAUUCAACAAAAACUGUUACAUGCCCAUCACCAGAACAGUUCUGCAGAACAAGACAAAUGUUGGAUCAACACUUCACUAGUGAUCCAUUUGUUGGUGUACUCUUCCCAACACCAAAACCAACACCUGCGCGAACACCAGCUCCAACACUGAAACCAACACCCCAGCCUACACCAAUUUUCGAUUCUAUUCCAUAA